CAACGCUCCCUCUUUACCAACAGUCCAAUUGGUGGCUGCGUCGCCUGCGUGGGGUGGGAUUACCAUUACACCCUCUUCCUGGCUCGCAAUGCUGUUUAUGGAUGCUAAAUAUCUUUCAUACAAAAAUAUAAAUCAGUAAAAGUAGCCUAUGUAUUAUAACUGCAGUUGAGAGUAACACCGUCGCGAUGGGUUUGCUGACGAUUUUAAAGAAGAUGAAGCAAAAGGAGCGGGAGAUGAGGCUGCUCAUGUUAGGUCUGGACAACGCGGGGAAGACGACCAUCCUGAAGAAGUUUAACGGAGAAGACGUCAGCACCAUCUCCCCGACGCUGGGCUUCAACAUCAAAACAUUGGAGCACAGAGGGUUUAAAUUGAAUAUUUGGGAUGUAGGGGGUCAGAAGUCACUGCGCUCCUACUGGAGGAACUACUUUGAGAGCACAGAUGGGCUGGUGUGGGUGGUGGACAGUGCUGACAGACUCAGACUGGAGGACUGCAGGCAGGAGCUCAGCUCACUGUUGCUGGAGGAGAGGUUAGCUGGUGCAACACUGCUGGUGUUUGCCAACAAACAGGAUUUACCAGGAGCCCUGUCAAAAGAGGCAAUCCGAGAGGCGCUGGCUCUGGAUGAGAUCAAAAGUCAUCACUGGUGUAUCAUUGGAUGCAGUGCAGUAACAGGAGAGAACUUGUUAGCUGGAGUGGACUGGCUAUUGGAUGAUAUCGCUGCAAGGAUCUUCACCACAGACUGAGUGUGUGUCCCUGAAUGUUAUUGUACUUUUUUUAAACAGUAGCCUUUCAUGGUUGGUGAGCUCUGACACUGCAGGGCUCAUUACAUGUAGGUCUGAAGUAUCCAAAUAUUAACUCAAAUGUCUCUGUUCCAUCAGCUGUUUUAAGUUCAGACAUGAACACAUCUUUGCUGUCUGGAUCAAUGUUUACAGGUGUCACUGGCUUUUUUCAUUUUAUUUAUUUGAUAUUGACAGUUGAGAAAGAUGUCAAAUUCACACACUGUAAAUGGAAGUAAUUUAGGCUUCAGUAUGUUGUCGACAUGAACCUUCUUACAUUUGAUUCUAACUUUAGUGCAUCAGAUUGUCAGAUUUUUUUGCCGUGCUCAAAUGUAUUCUAAUAAAUGUAUACCUACUGAACAGUACAAUCACUA